UGAUUCUUACUCACUGUUUACUCUCUGUAUACACUGCACAUCGACAGCCUAGUACAACAUGCUUCUUGACAACAAAGGUCUAGUCUUCGCGGGUACUGUCUCAAUUGGAGUCGCUAUUGGUGUGGGUUAUAUAGCAGGUUAUAAAUAUGCUGACAAGAUGCGACCACCAGUGAGUGUAUUCAAGGAAAGCUAUUUGGCUGAAGAUAACCCUAUAUUGAAUUAUGUGAUUGAUCAUUCUCUGAGAGAACCAGUCAUACUCAAAGACCUACGUGAGACAACAGUGAGCACAUUCAGUAUGAAUAGAAUGCUAAUUGCUCCAGAAGAAGCACAGUUUUUUAGAAUAUUAUUGAAAAUGCUAGAUGCCAAAAAAGUUAUUGAAAUUGGCGUGUUUACCGGAUACAACACUUUGAGUAUGGCGCUAACAUUGCCAGAUGAUGGCAAAGUGAUUGCAUGUGAUGUUUGUGAAAAGUUUACUAACUUUGCAGAACAGUAUUGGAGCAAAUCGGAGAUCAACCAUAAAAUUGAUUUAAGAUUACAACCUGCACUGAAGACUCUAGAUUCCUUGAUUGAAGCCGGCGAAAGUGGCACAUAUGAUUUUAUAUUUAUUGAUGCUGACAAGGAUAAUUAUAGUAAUUACUAUGAUAGAGCUUAUACCUUAUUGAGGAAAGGUGGCAUAAUAGCCAUAGAUAAUGUGAUAUGGAAAGGCAAAGUGGCCGAUAAAAUGGAGACAGAUAUCGCAACCACAGCCAUAAGAGCAUGUACUGAUAAAAUAUAUAGUGACCAGAAUGUAGAUAUCAGUAUGCUUACAUUAGGAGAUGGUGUAAUGUUAGCAAUGAAGAAAUAAGUGCACACUGGCAAUAUCGUUUUCUAAGAUACAAGAUUAUUUUUAAAAGCUAAAUAACAGUUGUAUUGUUACAUAAUCAUGUAUUCAAAUAUUACUAUAUAGCGCAUAACAGACGAAACAAAUAAAUAUGAAACACAACACUAUUGUUCGAA